GAGUACCAGAGUGAGGAGAGACAGAGAAGCAGCAGACAGAGCGCAGAAUGCAGGCUGGUCACUGACACACACACACACACAUGCACGGACACACACCUCUGAGGAGUGUAUGAGGCAUGCACACGCUGCUGCCCAUGGAAACACACACACUGGCAGGAAAUACAGCGAACCCCAGAGCCUGAGGAGACAUGGAGAGCAGCAUGUUCUUUGGUAACACAUGUCAAAAUGGCCUCAUGCCUGCGCUGGUGCGUCCCACCCUGCCGGCCGUCCAAACCUCGCUGGGCAUGAAGCCGUUCCUCCCGAUCCCGCUGGACACCGCCUCGGCCGUCAGCCUUUUCCCAGGAUUCAACACGAUGGACCCGGUGCAGAAAGCCGUCCUCCAUCACACCCUCGGCAUCUCUCCCACCGCCAAGAGGAAGCAUGUGUCCUGCAGCGUCUGCCAGCUGAGGUUCAACUCACAGAGCCAGGCCUUGGCCCACUACAAGGGCACCAAACAUGCCAAGAAGCUAAAAGCCCUGGAAACCCCGAAGAGUAAGCUCAAAGGCUCAGCGGUCACUAAGGAAACGGCCAACCAGGAGAACGCCAAGGGCAUCAACACCUUGCAGGUCCCCAACGGCACAGACAGGAAAGAUGUCACCUCUGGAUCAACGGCUUCCCCCCUGAUCAGACCAGCGAGCCCCACGGCGACCCCAGCUGCACCCUCACCUGAGCCGUUAAGCUCUCUGAAAGCUCCAGGUGACGCGGCCGCCUCCGACGCUACCUUGGCUUCUCACGGAGAGGAGAAGCCGCCGAAAACAAAUUCACCCUCAGAAACGGACGCAGACCACCAGGCCGAAGCUGAGACGGAGACCGACACGGAGACAGAGGAGGAGAAAGCCCGGCGCCUCCUUUACUGCUCGCUUUGCAAAGUGGCGGUCAACUCUGCGUCGCAGCUUGACGCUCACAACACCGGUACGAAGCACAAGACGAUGCUGGAGGCCCGCAGCGGCGUGGGCUCCAUCAAGUCUUUCCCUCGACCGGGAGUCAAAAGCAAAUUGGCUUCAUCCUCCAAAUCAUCAACUGGCCUGCAGAACAAAACCUUUUACUGUGAGACGUGUGACGUGCAUGUCAAUUCAGAGACGCAGCUAAAGCAGCACAUCAGCAGUCGGCGUCAUAAAGAUCGAGCGGCAGGUAAACCAGCGAAGCCCAAAUACAGUCCCUACAGCAAACCUCAGAAAGGCCAGACCAAACAGCCGAUAAAGCUGAUCUUAGGAAAGGAGCCUCAGUGUCGCCCUCUGACGGCUCAGAUCCUUCCCGCUCACUUGGCAGCGGUUGCCGCCGCCAUCGGAGGCUCGUUCACACACCGCACAAACCAUGGCGCCAGCCCAACGCCGAACCCAGCCCUUUUCCAGACUCAGGCGCUCCCCGCCGCACUGCUCCGCCCGGCCCCCGGGCCUGUCAGGACCUCUCAUCCACAAGUCCUCUUUGCCCCUUACUGAGCCUCGUCCGCCUCAAAGACCAAACCGCGUGGAGUCACUGCAGCCCCCUACUAUGCAUCAGAUUACUGGACAUCUUCAAGCCGCCAUGUUGGAACCUCCAGCUCCUCAUUCGGGUGGUUCAUUCAAAGCAACCGGAGCUUCUUGUGCUGGAUUUAUUUCUCCGAUCCUGACCGAACGAGCUUUCAGUGCCAUGGCUAACCCGUCCCGGACCGACCCGGAACUACAGUACAUCGUACCGCAAUAAUGUAUAAGACUAACCCUGUGAACUAUGCAGUGUUGUUGCGUCCUGACUGGAAUCUGGUGCGUGGCGCUUGGAUCUUUGCUGACAUGGAGGAGUCACUCAUAAGUUAAACAGGUUGUUACUGGUACCGAGCUGGAGAAGCCCUCCUCUGUUCCUGUAUGCACUUUAAGCUCUUUCUCUGAUGUCUACAGUAGAUGGUUAGACCUGUUAGGUGGUUACUGUGUCUUGUAAAGUGUGUGUGUGUGUGUUUCUUUUUUGCAUUUGUCUCUGCAUAUCUUUAUGUGUGUGUUGGGGAAUGUUGGGCUACAUGUGUGUGAGUGUGAGAGAUAUUUCUAAAUCCAUCGUAAGCCAUUCCAGUUGUUAUCCAGCAUCCAUCGUCGCCUACUGUCUCACUGCAAAAACACUAAAUUACACCAAGUAUUUUUGGACUAGUUAUAGUGAAAAUCUCUUAACAUACAAAGAAAAAGCCAAAUCAACUUAGAAGUAACUUUUAAGCAGAAUAUGAGAGCUUGUUUUAGAAAAUAAUUUCUUAAUACAGCUUAUUUCACUUAA